AUGCCCUCUCUGGCCCCCAUAUCCAAGGGUGAAUUCUUUCAGUUAUUCCAACGAUGUAUACCUCCUGGAGGAUGGCCACACACGAUCGCAAACUCUGGCGGUCCGGACUCUACGUGUCUGCUCCAUAGUCUGUCUUCACUAGUCAAGAAUGGACCAUCUGGUUUGCCCCGACGACUGCUGUCGAUUCAUAUCAACCACCAACUGCAGGCGGCGUCGAAUGACAUGGCAGAUUUGGCUUCCAAAAACGCGCGAGCCCUGGAUGUCGAGCAUCUCGUCUUCACAGUUCCAUGGUCAAAACCUCCGUAUCCGAACUUCCCUCACGCGGCAUCCACUGAAUCGCUCGCGCGGAGUGCGCGCAUGCGGGCUUUCUUCGACCUAAUGACCAGAGAAGGCACGACGGUACUUGCACUUGGUCAUCAUGCCGACGACCAAGUCGAAACCGUGAUCAUGCGUGCCGCUCGCCAAAGCCGCUUCAUGGGCCUCGGUGGUAUGAUGCCCGUGCGGCGGUGGGGAAUGGGCGACGACGCAAGCGAGGAUCCGCUCGCUUCCUUUGGCAAUCAAGGCAUGUCCCGGUGGAUGGUACGACCGUUCCUGACUGUACCGAAGAACGCUUUGAGAUAUACAAUCGACAAAACGAAUUUCGAACCGUCUCUCACUGUGCGGAAUGCGAUUCGGCAUGCGCUGGACUCCUCAGACGGACUGCAUUCAACGCUGUCGGACGUCGAAAUGAAUAUUCCUAAGCUGCUGAAGGGGAGUUCUGACAGCCCUCAGAAUCGAGAUGAUCUCCGUGAGAUUGUACGAUUGUCAGGACAGCAUGUUGACAUGGUCAACGGACAAGUCGACAACAUCUUGGCACGCUGCCUGCUGCCGACUUUACCGUCUACAGUGACACUACCCUCGGCAUGGCUGCAGAACAUCCCAAGUGAUACGCUCGAGGGUCUCAUGGCACGCGUCCUGCGCUAUGUUUCAUGCCAUCCAUGGGGUUCACGUCGCGCGCGAGCGAGCGGAUCCAGCUCUGCAUAUCAAGUUAUCAUGAACAGCGUAACACAAAAUGGGCCGGAAGUGCGACCUCGAUCGCCGUUUGUACCCGGGGCGUCCGUCUUAUUCAGACCUGGCUUCGUAGCUCAGGAUGGCAUCUUCCGGCAGGUGGAUCAGCAACCGGAAAAUAUGCGUCCUGCAUGGCGUUUGCAGAGAACUCCACCGCACGAGAAGAACAGAUCUGAACUGGACAAGAAACCCAAGCCACUAUUGGUCAAGAUAGCUCCACUGCUCUCUCAAUGGCGACCAAGGCGCGAGGACCCGAUUCUGCUGUACGAUCACAGGUUCCGUCUCCACUUCGACAUGGCACGCGUCCCACCAAGAGUCCUGUCUGUUCUGAGGGACAACAGUGAUGCAGAGAUGUACGUGCGCCCCAAUGGUCCGGAACACAGUCCGAAGGUCGUAUGGCUCACAGGCUCACGCGAAGUCAUCCUGGCGGACUAUCGACGCGAUGUAUUGGGUAUGUCCGAGGGAAAAUCGAAGGCGAAGGUACCCAAACAAAACUGGAUUCGUAUGAAGCUAGUGCGGUCGUUAGAGGCCAUAUAA